CUAUCUAUCUAACUCGAACUCCCGCCUCUUUACACAAGUCACGAUGGAGACUGAAACCUGCAUAUCCUCCAUGGACUUCAAAGUUCAAGAGUUGUUGAAAGAGGUUCGGCUCCAAUGUUCUCCUGCACUUACCAAGCUCGUCGAUGAUACCGUUUCCGCUAUCAAAUCUUCCUUAGACAAAAUUCCUCAAGAUCUUCAGGUUACCGUGGAUUGGGCUCCAGAUUUUGUGAGAGAUAUUGGUGCAGACAAAGCGGAAUUUAAAUUUAAGAAACCAAAGUCUAUUGAAAUUGGUGGCAGUUAUUCAAUAGGCUGCGUAGCAAAACCAGAUGUUAAUAUCGAUCUUCUCCUCCGGUUACCGAAGGAAUGUUUUCAUGAGAAAGACUAUCUAAAUUAUCGAUAUCAUGCUAAAAGAUGCCUUUACCUUUGCGUUAUUAAGAAGUACUUGAAAUCUUCAUCAUCAAUUCAGAAGGUUGAAUGGUCCACUCUGCAAAACGAGGCUAGAAAACCUGUAUUGGUUGUCUAUCCAGAUGCGAACCUUGAUGAAGCACCUGGGCUUUUUAUAAGAAUAAUUCCCACUGCAACAUCCCUGUUUGAUCCUUCAAAGUUGAACGAGAAGCGGAACAAUGUUAGAGCUCUGAAAACAGGGGAUGUUCUUCAGCCUACACCAAUAUAUAAUUGUAGCAUAUUGGAAGACAUGUAUUUAGAGGAGAAUUCAAAAUUUGUUAUGAAUUUUUUUUCUGGAUGGAAGGAAUUGGGAGAGGCCUUAAUAUUGCUGAAGGUCUGGGCUAGGUUGAGAAGUUCAAUAUAUGUUCAUGAUUGCAUAAACGGGUUUCUAAUAUCCGUUAUAGUGUCAUACCUUGUGGCAAAAAAUAAGAUUAACCAUGAUAUGAUGCCAAUGGGGAUAUUUCGUGCCACAUUGAAAUUUAUUGAAACUUAUCCAUUGUGGAAGCACGGGCUUUACUUUCCAACAAUAGACCGGAGUAGUUCAAAGGGAAAUGAGCAACUUAAUUCUUCAACCUGUGUCAAUUUGGCUUUCAGAAUUUCAGGUGUUGCUUAUCCUGAGCUACAAGAUGAAGUUGCGUUGACACUUAGGUGUUUAGAAAGAUGCAGAGAAGGUGGUUUUGAGGAAAUUUUUGCUACCAAGAUUGAUAAUGCUGCUAAAUAUGAUUAUUGCUUUAGAUUGAACUUGAAAGGAAACAGAGAGGUCGCUUCUCUAGGAUUUUGCUUGGACGAUGAAUGUUGGAGAGUGUAUGAGCAGGAUGUACAUAGUCUGCUUUAUCAAGGAUUAACCGAUAGAGCAAAGUUUAUCCGUGUUAUUUGGAGGAACACUUAUUCAGACUUUAAUGUUGAAAAUGGCUUAUCAGCACUCGAUAGUGUGCCAUUAUUUGUUGGAAUUUUGGUGAGCUCUGUAGAGAAGGCUUUUAGGGUUGUAGAUAUUGGUCCAAAUGCUGAAAAGAAAGAUGAGGCUCUCAUGUUCCGAAAAUUUUGGGGUGAGAAGGCUGAGCUCCGAAGAUUCCAAGAUGGUAAAAUUGCGGAAAGCACAGUUUGGGAAAGCGAGCAAGGUUCAAGGCAUCUCAUUUUAAAAAGAAUUGUUGAGUUUUUACUGGGGCGCCAUCUAUCUUUAUUGGAAAAGGAUAUUGUUUCAGUUGUGGAUCAGCUUGAUUUCUCUCUGCUACUUGAUGGUAAAGACCCAGUAUCACAUUCUGGAAAACUGCUUGGAACAUUUGAAGAAUUGUCAAAACGUUUGUGCUCUAUUGAAGAUGUUCCCUUGAGGAUAUCUAGUGUUCAGCCUCUCGAUUCUGCUUUCAGGUAUACAUCUGUUUUUCCUCCUGAAACUCAUCCUGUGGCAAAUAAAAAGGUUGAUGUGGCAAGGCUACAUAAUUUGACCCCAUUCUGUGUCCAGUCGCUUGAAGUUAUGAUUCAGUUGGAAGGUUCUGGAAAUUGGCCAAUGAAUGAUGUCUUAAUUGAGAAAACUAAGUCAGUUUUCCUUCUCAAAAUUGCGGAGAGUCUCCAGGAUAACUGGGGGAUGACAUGCAUUGCUUCUGAGGAAGAUGUGGAUGUUUUCAUGGAUGGAUAUGCAUUUCGCCUUAGAAUUUUGCAUGAGAGAGGCCUAAGUCUGGUGGGCAAAGAAAUUGGGCAUGAUCAAACGAAGAGGGUUUCAGCUGCUGAUAAAAUGCUUUUUGUUCGUAGUCAACAUGCAAGCAUGGUUAAUGGAUUACAGUUUCGUUACCCAAUAUUUGGGCCGGUUGUUAGGCUUGCAAAACGGUGGCUUGCUUCUCAUCUUUUUUCGGCUUGCUUGGCAGAAGAGGCUGUGGAACUAUUGGUUGCCCACCUCUUUCUGAAGCCUCUCCCAUUUGAUGUGCCCUGUUCUCGGAUCACUGGAUUUUUAAGGUUCUUGCGACUACUAGCAGAAUAUGAUUGGACUUUUUCUACGUUGAUUGUUGAUAUAAAUGGUGAUCUGAGCCAAAAUGAUGAGAAAGAGAUUGAUGAUCACUUCACUCAAAGUAGAAAAGCUUACAAAGAAAACACCCAAAUUGGAAGCAAGGCCAUGUUCCUGGCUACUGCUUAUGACAAGUCAUCUGAAGCUUGGACCAGAUGCUCACCAAAUCCACUGGAGCUUAAAAGGUUGGUGGCUUAUUCUCGAAGCAGUGCUAACUUUUUGACAAAACUCAUCCUGCAAAAUCAGACUGAUCCCCAUGAAUGGGAGUGCCUUUUCCGAACUCCGCUGAGCCUUUAUGAUGCUGUUAUUCUUCUCCACGGAGAUAGAUUACCUUACCCAAAACGUCUCCUCUUCACAUCUGAACUGGACCAAGGUCGGCAUGUUGCUCAUGGCAGUGCUAGCAAUUCUUUCCACCCUUUCCUAUUGCCUGCUGAUAUGAACUGUAGCUUAGAGCAAAUAAAAACCAAGCAAAUGGUAAACUUUGAUCCACUAAGGUGCUUUGUAGGAGAUGUAGAGAAAGAGUUCUCCAACAGAUUGACGUUAUGGUAUGAUUCAUUGGGAGGCGAUGCGAUUGGUCUAACAUGGGAACGUUCAAAGAAACGAGAACGAGAAGAGGAAGAGAUGGAUGGAAAGUAUCCAGUUGAUUUGUUGAGAAAUGUAGGUGAAUUAGGGAAAGGAUUUGUGAGAGAUGUUUAUUUGCUCAAGGCUCCCAGGCUUGAAAAAUGAUUUAGAAUAAUGCUAGAGGCUUAGCUGGUGAAACAGAUGGGACAGCGCAGAAGGGAACCAUUCAACAUUUGCAGCGAAGAUUACCAACCUCCAGAGGCGCUGCCUUGGCUAACAGAUAGAGAGCAAAACCCUCAACUUUUGUGGUAUUAUAUUUUGUGGUUUUCAUUUCUAGAAUUUACCUUUCACCUUUGUAAAAUGCUAAUGUAAUUUCAGGACAAUGGUUAAAAAAAGGACCAAUUGAAGGGG